CCAACGAUCAUACUAUAAGCAAAAUGAAGUGCCUAAGUAUCUUACUACUAUUUGUGGCUCAUGCAGCCUGGGCUCGUGUCCCAUUGCGCGAAGUAGAAUUGCCACCGCUUGUUGAUGAACAUUACAUCCUCCCCGAACCAUUGCCAGAGAACCGUGAUGCUGCCUGUAGUGUCACCAUUCGUGGUGGUCUGCCCAAACCGGAGCCUGUGUACUUGGUAACCAAUACGGAAAAACUGUAUCCAUUCAAUGAUGUCGGCAAAAUGGAUGUGGAAAGUGGCAAAACUUUGGAGCUCUGGUGUCCAAGUGGUUUCAAUACACACUCUGAGAACCUUUUGACAGCGACUUGCGUGAGCGGCACCACCUUUAAGAUCAAUGGCGAUAAUUUUGAAUUCAAGGAUCUGUACUGCAAGUCCUGGCCGGGCUUUAAGGCGCUCAAGACGGGUGCUGAAUGCAAUGGUGGUAUUGUCAUUCGGGUGGGUUUCGAGAUUACCUCAUCGCGUUUUGCUGAGCAAAUGCAAAUUUGCUUCAACGAGGAGGAGGAGGUUACUCGCUAUACGCGCCAUCAGCUCUUCCCGGGCAGCAAUUACUAUGAGACGGGCGUGGAUCGUAUUACCUUCCAGACCGCUGGCUACUUCGGUGGCAAGAACGUGGACAAACUCUACACACAGGCCACACAGCUGGAGACCAUUAAUAAGGAUUUGGGCGGCAAUGCCGAUCAGUAUUUCAAUUCGGGUGCAAAUAUUUAUUUGGCACGCGGCCAUCUGGGUGCCAAGGCCGAUUUUGAUUAUGCGCCCGAGCAGCGUGCCACAUUCCUGUUCAUAAACGCGGCACCACAGUGGCAGGUGUUCAACGCUGGCAACUGGGCUCGCGUUGAGGAUGGUCUACGCUCCUGGGUGUCCAAGAACCGCAUGGAUGUCAACUGCUAUACUGGUGUUUAUGGCGUGACCACACUGCCCAACACAAAUGGCGUGGAGACCCCUCUAUAUUUGGCUCGCGAUGGCAACAACAACGGCCUGAUUCCCGUACCCAAAUUAUAUUUCCGUGUCGUCAUUGAGCCCUCAACACAUCGUGGCAUCGUCUUUGUCGGCGUCAACAAUCCCCAUUUGACCGAGGCCCAGAUCAAGAAGGACUAUGUGAUUUGCAACGAUGUUAGCGAUCAGGUCACCUACAUCAACUGGAAGACGACGGACAUCAAGGCUGGCUGGUCGUACGCCUGUGAGGUCGCCGAUUUCCUCAAGACGGUCAAAACUUUGCCCGCUCUGACCGCCAAGGGUGGUCUGCUUGUCUAGAUCUUUCCAAUAAAAAAACUGAUUAUCCCAUCAAAAA